AUGCAGAUCGUCGUGGUGGUAGCGACCUUGGUCGUUGCGACCGUUGCCAAAGAUGAGUCCUCGAAAAACCGCGAUAAGAGACAACAGGUUGCGUUUUAUCCGAGACGAGGAGCCAGACCGCCGCCUUAUGCGGUACAGAUGGAACCGAUCGUUCAAUAUUCUCAGAGAGAUCCGCUCUACAAUCCUCUGGCGAGCUCCAAGAGCGACGAUCUCUACGAAGAGGGCCCGUUAAACUAUUAUCCAACAGAACCGGAGCCGAUUAUCGAAAUUAUCAUCAAAGAAUCGAACGAAUCUUUGCCAACGCCGGUACCACCACCUCCGCCUCCGACCCCGAAACCUACUAAAGAACCUAUACAGGUGUUUUACGUGAAGUACGAGAAAAAGAAGGGUUACGGGGAUAAGCCUCGAGUCGUCUACGAUCCACCCAUACCCGCGCUGACACCUGUUGAGGAACACGAGGAGAUCAAGCCAGAUAACCCGGCGCCUUACCCAGAAGAACCUGUUCACACAGCGACACCAGUACCGUCGGAACCGUCCACAACUUUGAGAGCAAUUAUUCGACCCGAGAGUGAGGUAUACCAUUCCGGUUCUAGCGGGAUUCGCGUUACCUUUGGUACGGACCAGGUGCCGCCGAACAAUCACAACAAACGCAGCGACCAAGAGGCACCGCCUACCCAACUCUCCAAGCCAGCCUCCACUGCACCUGGUUCUCCUAAACGGCAACACGGUCCCUAUCAACCGAUUCAGCCUGUCCAUCAAAGAGUACCGGCCGCGUUUCCGCAGCAAAGGAUCGCGAAUUCGUUUCCGCAACAGCCGGCACUGCAUCAACCGUCCCAGCAACAACCUCUAAAUUUCUUGCAGCAACAGUCACCGUUCUCACCUACGCCACCGCAGACGAGAAACCCGUUGCCAAGACCUCAACGGCUGCCUAUCACGAUUCAAGGCUUGCCGGAAGUGCAGCAACGUGCACCGUUCAGUAACUUCGGCCCACCUCAUCGUGUCAGUAUCAGUCACCCGCAGCAACCAGGAUUUCCUCCAACGCUUUCGGUUUCCCACCAAAGUGUACAGAUACAAAACCAACCGUUACCGAUAAACCAGGGAAAUCAUUUUAACGUGGAUCAGCAACAACCUGUACAGCAGCAACAGCAACAAACGUUGCCUCUUUAUAAGCAACAGGAAUUGGAGAAGCAACGGUAUCAUGAACAACGUCGACAGCAAGAACUGCUGAAACACAGGGAGCAUCAAAGGCAACACGAGCAACAAAGGCUUCAGGAACAUCAGAGAUUUUUGGAACAGCAAAGGUUGUUGGAACAACAAAGGCAACACGAGCAACAAAGGCAACAGGAUCAUCAGAGGCUACAGGAACACCAGAGAGUACAAGAACAACAGAGAAUACAGGAACAGCAAAGACUGCAAGAGCAGCAACGAUUGCAGGAGCAACGUAGAAGGAAUAAAGAACAGGAACAGAAGUUGUUGCAAGAGCAACAGUAUCGUGCACAGUUAAAGUACAAUCAACCGCAACCGGUACCGGGUAUACCGCAAAUACCGGUUCAACCUCAGGUUCAGAAACCGGGCGGAGAAAUAUUCAAAGCUGUUCCUAAAUUGGAACAACAUUAUGCAAUUCGAGAGAAUCCACUUCACCCCGGCCCAUUCCCGCCUCAUCCCGUAAUUCAGCCAACAGGAUUCUCGGAAACGGCACAAGACCUAUAUGGCUCCCUUCAAACGCCAAGUCCGUCGCCAGAGAGCCAACACCUGAUAAGAAACCCAACGACCCAAUUUAAUCUAAACGACCAGCAACAACAUCUGAACACGAAACAACAAAUAUUCCAAAAUCAACAACAAGGAUUUUUUUCACAAAAUCAUCAAUCAUCUCAACAACAACAACAACCGCAACCACCACCACAAGUGUCACAACAACGAUUCCCAUCGUUAUCCCAAAGGUCGUCGAUCUGGGGACGACCAUCCUUCUCGUCGAAUCCUUCUCAGAAGAUUUACGCGACUCCGGUAACUAACACGGAAGAUUUCAACGCGAUAUCCACUGUGAGAUCGUUCGUAUCGAGUACAACGACUACCACCACAACGACGACAACAACGACAACCGAGGCACCAUCGACAACGACCACUAUUUCGCCCAAGAACGAAGCUAAAAUUAAGGCGAACAUCGCGAACCUACCGGAUGAGGUUCCGGAUGAUAUAAGGGAACAGUUGCUCAGUUCCGGUAUUUUAGGUAACGCCGACAUACAAAUACUGGAUUACGACAAGGUCGGCGACAUACCGAUCGAGAAACUACCGCCCGAGGCCCUGGCGAAUUUCUACGGUGCCGGAGGCGCUUCCGCGGUGGCUGCCAGCGAACCGGUACCGUCGAUCGUCAAGAAACCCAAAACGGCCGACUCGUCUUCCGCGACCUCCUCUUCUUCGUCCACUUCUUCUGCCGUUCUGGCCAAGAAGACGGCCACUGGCAACCCGACUAAGUUCGAGCAGGCCACCUUACGCCCGGGAGGCGUAGAGAUGAAAGUAGUACGCUUCGAUCCGAAUACGGAGCAAGGCCAGGCACUGGCGGAUCAGCACAUACGCGAUGAUGCUACCAGGCUGAAUCCCGUAACCGUGGGAUCGCGGGACGAGGCUCAAUAUAAUCGUUAUCUGCCGCUCAAAGUGAGCGGUGCUUCCUUCCCUAUUCCCGAUGUGCCACAGCUGAACGGUCGGAAGAUCUCCAGUGUGGUCGUGCUAGCCCCCGUCGAUUAUAACUUUCAAGACGAAGAGAAGGAGAUCGAGUCGAGGCACGGUAGACGUACCAGCGAUGUACAAGCGGUCAAGUUUCUUGCCGGCGACACUCUGAAGCAAUUGGUGAAGAAGCCAACCGCGGAGAACUACAAGAAGUGGUUGGAACAGGAGAGCCGUACGGAGCCGCAGAAGCAGUCGGUUGUACUCUUGGUAACCAUGCCAAAAGAGACCGAUCAAGGCGAGAAAGAGAUCUUCAUGUACGACGUGGUUUCACAGACUGUGAGCAAACUGUCCGGUGAUCUAUCCACGGCCUUCGUGGACGCUGCCGAAAGCAAUUCGGACAGUAAUUCCUUCGAUGACUCGAAUUUUACAUUGCACUAA